AUGGCUCUCAAUUUCUUUCUAUGUGGGGAAAUACUUUAUAGAAGGACUCCAGAUUUGGGUCUUCUCAGAUGUGUCGAUGCUGUUGAAGUUGCAAAACCUAUUGAACAGAUACAUGGUGGAGUUUGUGGCACCCAUAUGAAUGGGAUCACUUUGGAUGAGUUUGGAGUACCAGAAUCCAUCGUUACUGAUAAUGGUGCAAAUCUUAACAGUCACUUGAUGAGAGGUGUAUGUGACCAAUUCAAGAUUACUCACAGAAUCUCAACUGCUUAUCGCCCUCAAAUGAACGGAGCUGUGGAGGCUGCCAAUAAGAACAUCAAGAAGAUUCUGAGGAAAAUGGUUGACAAUCACCGAGGUUUGAAUGAGAUGUAUCCAUAUGCUUUAUUGGGUUAUCGAAUGACCGUUAGAACAUCGACUGGAUCUACUCCGUACUUACUAGUAUGUGGAACAGAGGCAGUCAUACCUGCUGAAGUUGAGACACCUUCAUUGAGAAUCAUCCAAGAAGCUGAGUUGAGUAAUGCUUAA